AUGAAGUUUAGCACUGUUAUUGCUGCAGUGGCUUCGGUGGGAUUUGCUGCUGCUGCUUCGGCCCCCAGCUGUGGUGCUGGUAGCAAAUGUCCUAAGGAGUCUCCUUGUUGUGAUGCCUAUGGCCAAUGUGGUUCAGGAGUCAGUUGUUUGGGUGGAUGUGACGCUCGUUACUCGUUUGCUGCUGAUUCGUGUGCUCCUCAACCCGUUUGUUCCAACGGUGCUGGUACUCAUACAUUCACCGAUGUCAGCGACAUCGUAUACUACACUCAAUACAACGGAGACAUUUCCAAGAACCUGUGGUCGUACACCGGUGAGGUUCUUGAGCAAAACAGCUCGGCCGUGCUUACUAUGCGCAAGAACACUGUUGGUACUGUUCUGUUCUCCAACUUUUUCAUCUGGUAUGGAAAGGUUACUGCUGUUAUUAAGACUUCUCACUUGGACGGUGUUGUUUCCGACUUUAUUCUCAUGUCGAACGUCAAGGACGAGAUCGAUUACGAGUUUGUUGGUAACGACGUCACUGCUGCUCAAACCAACUACUACUUCGAGGGUCUUUUGAACUACGACAACGAAUUUACUGCUACUGUUGAUAACAGCACCUACGCUAGCUACCACGAGUAUACUAUUGACUGGCAGGAGGAUUCCAUCACCUGGUACGUUGAUGGCAACGCUGUGCGUACUCUUAACAAGGCCGAUACCGUCAACUCUACCACCGGUGUUGCUGAAUUCCCUCAAACCCCUGCUCGUAUCCAACUGUCUGUGUGGCCCGGUGGUGACUCUUCUGAGCCUCAAGGAACCGUUCAAUGGGCUGGUGGUCCAAUUGAUUGGAACGCUCCUGAUCUUUCUGACCCUGGUUACUACUUUGUCGAGGUCGAGUCUGUCACUGUCGACUGUUACGACCCUCCUUCCAGUGCCAACACCACUGGUUCCAAGUCUUAUGUUUACACCAAUCAAGAGGGUCUUGAGGCCGAUGUUUCCAUCACUGAUGACGACACUACCAUCAGUUUGAGCUCUGGAUCUUCUUCUGGUUCAACCAGCUCUGGCUUGCCUCUUCAAAUCCUGUCUCAAGCUCCUCAGUCCCAAAGCAGCUUGCAGUCCUUGGAGGAGCUUUCUCAAGUGUCCACGGCCCAAACCAAGACCAAGUCUAAGUCCCAGUCUAAGACCCAAGCGAUUCCCGUUGUCAGUGCAAUUGCCACUUCCACCACUGCUGCUUCGUCCUCUGCUGCUGCCUCGACCUCCGACGACUCGUCUGCCUCUGCCACCGAUUCCGCCGACGCUUCUGACUCCACCGGAUCUGCCGAUGCCACCGACUCUGCUGCCGCCGACAACUCGGCCUCGGCCACCGACUCGGCUGCUAGCACUGCUGCCACUGGCGCUGCUGGCCACCUGGCCGCUCCCCUCUCGGGCCUCGCUGCCGCCCUCCUUGGUCUCGUUCUCUAA